CGUCGCUCGUUUUGUUUUUUGCCAUCAAUUUCGACGAAGAUGACUAAAAAACUAACAAGAAAACGUAACGUUAAAGAAACGGAGGCUUCCAAAGAUGUAGCGCAGGUUUCUGAAACGUCCGAUAAUGAGGGAAACCAGGACUUGCUGCAACCCAUUAAAGACAACAGUGAAGGUGAAGAUACAACCGAUGAUGAAGGUAUAGACCAGGAGUAUCAUUCAGAUAGCAGCAGCAAUCUUGAAUUUGAGAGCGAUGAAGACGGAAAUUAUUUGGCGAAAAACGAUGACAGUGGGGAUGAGGACGAAGUGAAUGAUAGCGAUGAGGAAUCCGGUGAAAGUGAUCAGUCCAGCGAAAAUGAGCAUGACCUAAAAGAAGUUCCCAAGCCAAUAAAGUCCACUAAUAAUGCAGAAACCGAGGAUAAGCCAACAACCAGCAGGACAGUUCAGGUGGUUCAAAAGCCAAAAAAAACUAAAGGUAAAGUGGCCCAACCGGGUGGCGUGAAAGACGAGUACGAAGAUUCUGAUACAUCCGACGAAGAGGACAUACGUAAUACUGUUGGCAAUAUACCGAUGCAUUGGUACGACGAAUACAAACACAUUGGCUAUGAUUGGGAUGCCAAAAAAAUUAUUAAACCGCCAAAAAGCGAUCAAAUCGAUGACUUUUUGCGUAAAAUAGAGGAUCCUAAUUUUUGGCGCACUGUCAAAGAUCCUCAGACUGGACAGGAAGUGCUGCUGACUGACGCCGAUAUUGCACUAAUUAAACGGGUAAAUUCAGCUCGCAUACCAAACCCUGAGCACAACGAAUAUGAGCCUUGGAUUGAUUGGUUCACAUCUGAAGUAGAGAAAAUGCCUAUCAAAAAUGUGCCAGAUCACAAACGCUCGUUCCUGCCUUCGGUUUCGGAGAAAAAAAAGGUUUCCCGCAUGGUUCACGCCCUUAAAAUGGGUUGGAUGAAAACGAUGGAAGAGGUUGAACGUGAAAAGCAAGAAAAGCGUGGACCCAAGUUUUAUAUGCUUUGGGAGACGGACACAAGUCGGGAUCAAAUGCGUCGCAUACACGAUCCUGUUUCAGCUCCAAAACGAGAUUUGCCCGGACAUGCCGAGUCCUACAAUCCUCCGCCAGAGUAUUUGUUUGACGAGAAGGAGACCAAGGAAUGGCUGAAGCUUAAGGACGAGCCGCACAAACGAAAGCUUCACUUUAUGCCACAGAAGUUCAAAUCCUUGCGUGAGGUUCCCGCCUAUUCGCGUUACAUGCGGGAACGCUUCUUACGCUGCCUUGACUUGUAUUUAUGCCCACGCGCUAAACGCGUCAAGCUAAACAUCGAUGCUGAAUAUCUCAUACCAAAAUUGCCUUCACCACGCGACUUGCAGCCAUUCCCAACAGUUGAAAGUCUCGUUUACCGUGGACACACAGAUCUAGUGCGAUCGGUUAGUGUAGAGCCUAAAGGCGAAUACUUGGUUUCCGGCUCCGACGACAAAACGGUUAAAAUUUGGGAAAUUGCAACAGGUCGUUGCAUACGCACAAUUGAAACUGAUGACGUGGUGCGAUGUGUUGCCUGGUGUCCCAAUGCCAAGCUCUCUAUUAUUGCGGUAGCCACUGGAUAUCGUCUUUUGCUGGUUAAUCCAAAGGUGGGCGAUAAAGUUCUUAUAAAAAAAACCGAUGACUUGCUAGCGGAAGCACCUCCAUCGGAUGUAAUCGAAAAUGAGCGCAUCAAAGCUGCAGUGCAAUGGUCGAAUGCGGAGGGAGCCGAACAGGAGAAGGGCGUGCGUGUGAUAAUCACACACUUCAAGCCUAUACGUCAAGUGACUUGGCACGGACGCGGCGAUUACUUAGCCACCGUAAUGCCUGAGGGUGCCAAUCGGUCGGCACUUAUACAUCAGCUUUCCAAACGACGUUCGCAAAUACCAUUCUCGAAGAGCAAGGGUCUUAUCCAGUGCGUGCUGUUCCAUCCGAUCAAACCUUGUUUCUUUGUAGCGACGCAGCACAACAUACGCAUCUACGAUCUGGUCAAACAAGAACUAAUCAAGAAACUGCUAACCAAUUCGAAGUGGAUAUCGGGAAUGUCCAUACAUCCUAAAGGCGAUAACCUUCUUGUCUCCACCUACGACAAGAAAAUGCUUUGGUUCGACUUGGAUCUGUCUACGAAACCGUACCAGACCAUGCGACUACAUCGCAACGCUGUGAGGAGUGUAGCCUUCCAUUUACGUUAUCCACUCUUUGCCUCUGGCAGUGAUGAUCAAGCUGUGAUUGUCUCACAUGGCAUGGUCUACAAUGACUUGCUGCAGAAUCCGUUGAUUGUGCCGCUUAAGAAGUUGCAGACCCACGAAAAACGCGAAGAGUUUGGGGUCUUAGAUGUGACCUGGCAUCCAGUACAGCCCUGGGUGUUUUCAACGGGGGCCGACACUACAAUCAGAUUAUAUACCUGAAGUGAAAUUUAUAUAAAUUAUAUAAAACAAUAUUUACUUUCAAUGGAAAA